AUGAUCUACGACAACAUCCUCGAGACAAUCGGAAACACACCACUCGUCCGCAUCAACCAUCUCAACCCAAAUCCGAAAGUUCAGAUGUACGCAAAGCUUGAAGGCUUCAACCCAACAGGUUCAGUCAAAGACCGCAUUGCGCUUAAGAUGAUUGAGCAAGCGAAAGCGGAAGGCAAGUUGCAACCAGGUUCAACAAUCAUCGAAGCUACAUCAGGCAACACAGGCAUCGGUCUUGCAAUGAUCGGCCGCGUCAAGGGCUACAACGUCAUCAUCGUCAUGAGCGAAGGCGUCUCAAUCGAACGCCGCAAGAUGAUCAAAGCUUUCGGUGCAGACAUCAUCCUCACCGACAAGAAGCUCGGCACAGAUGGUGCUAUCCGCAAAGUUGCCGAACUCGUCAAGGAGAACCCAGGCAAGUACUUCAACCCUAACCAGUUCAGCAACGAGUACAACAAGAUCGCACACUACAAGACAACCGCCGAAGAGAUCUGGUCACAGACUAAUGGCACAGUCACACACUUCGUUGCAGCAGUCGGCACAUCAGGCACACUUAUGGGUGUUGGCAAGAACCUCCGCGAGAAGAACCCUAACGUCAAGAUUGUCGAAGCACAACCAACUAAGGGCCACUACAUCCAAGGUCUUAAGUCUAUGGAGGAAGCUAUUGUUCCAGCUAUCUACCAGGCAGACAAGAUCGACGAGCACAUCCUCAUUGAGAGCGAAGAAGCGUUUGCUAAGGCACGCGAGAUUGUUGCAAAGGAAGGCAUCUUCAUUGGCAUGAGCAGUGGUGCCGCCAUGCUUGCCGCACAGAAGCUUGCAGAGAAGCUCGACAGCGGUGUUAUUGUUGUUCUCUUUGCCGACCGUGGCGAGAAAUACCUCUCAACAAAGCUCUUCGACACAGAAUAA